GACACCUGCUUCCGGUAUGACGCAUUUCCGCCAUCCACAAUAUGGCUGCCUUAGUUCUUUGCCUAACUUGUUGCGAGGGCUCGAAGCUCCAGCUUGCCGUUAGACAUUUUUGGACAUCUGGCCAAACACAAUAUGGCGGCGUUGACUUCCUGUUUACCUGUUUUCUCUCAGCGGCCCCGGAAGAAGGCCACACGUGUGGAGAAGGGGGCAGCCAUGGAGGCUCUGCUGGUGUCUGAUACCGAGGAAUGGGAGGUGACGGUGCGGCCCAAGAGGAAGAUGUCCCUGUACAGCUGCGAGACUUGUGGAAGCGAAGAAGCCAAAUACAAGUGUCCGCGGUGUCUGAAGUAUUCCUGCAGUUUACCUUGUGUAAAGAAGCACAAAGUGGAUGUUACUUGCAGCGGAGUCCGAGACAAGACGGCGUUCGUCCCCUUAAGUUCCUUCAGCGACAUACAUCUGCUAAGUGAUUACCGUUUUCUGGAAGAUGCAGACAGAGUGGCGGAUGCUGCCAUGAGGGACGCCUUGUUACCCCGGCAAACAACAAAUAAGUUUUGUAACUUUUUGAAAAACCGAGCUCGGAAACAAGGCAUCGACCUGAAGUUACUGCCCGUUGGGUUUUCAAAAAGAAAAGCAAAUACAACCUUUUUCCAAAAAAAAGAACAAAGGUUUUACUGGCAUUUAAAGCUUCACUUUCCACAGAGUCAGGCCGAAUACACAGCAAAGAGGGUGCCGGAUAAUAAAACUCUCGGUGAAAUCCUUAAAAAAUACAUUGAUCCAGCAGAGUCUGAUUCGACCAUUCGUCAAAGGCUCAAAGAAUAUGUGCGGUCGCCAUCUGAUGUGAAGGUGUUUAUGGUAGCAGAAAGUAAAACGCCUGGUCCAGUUAGGUACCAUGAAAUGGACUCCAGUAAAAGUCUUCUGGAAAAUCUGAGAAACAAAACCAUCCUCGAGUACCCUACCCUUUUUGUGGUCUUAAAGGAUUUUACAGAGGAUUUUGUGCUAUUUAAUCAAGAAAUUGGUUUGUCAGCAUCAAAGGUAAAAGAAGAUUUAUAAAGAACAGUGUGAGCUGGAGCUACAAGAGUGCAAAGGGGCAUGACCACAAUAUGGCCGCGUGUUCGUGAUAAGCUGGAUGUAACCUGAUGGAUGGGAUGCACAUUGGUCAUUUUUGAAGAAAAACCCAAAAAAAAUUUUUCUAUUCAUUUAACGUUAGGAUGAGUUAGGCUGAAGACAGACACAGCGAUUUUGUAAAAACAAAAAAAUCCAUACUUGCCACGUGGUGUUUUUUGGGCCAAGAAUUCUGCAGCCAGAUGCUAGUUGAGAGUCGAUAUGGAAAUAUGAAAUGCCAUACCAACAUAGUGUUUUAUUUUUUUUUUUUAAAGGCUUAGUGACAGUUUUUAAGCAUAGAGUUUUGUUUUUUUAAUCAAGAAAUUGUAGCAUUAUCCCUUCUAUAGGUGGGAGAAAAAAAGUCACGUAAAAAUGUUUAUGUACAUGCGGAUAUGGAAUUUUUUUUUGGCAAUUUUUUUCCCCAAUUCUUCAAUUCAUCAUAAAAGAAUGCCACAGAAACUGCAUCAUGUAGGAGAAACAUGAGGGGGAAGUUUUUUGUGGCAUUUUUUUUCAGGAAAAAAAUAAAAUAAAUUAACAAGGCCAAACAAAAGAUGUGUCUGUAGCCUUAUAGAUAUAGAAGUCAGUCGUGCCUUCUACUAUUAUAAACUCUAAGAACAUAUGCUGUGCAUAACAAAAAAAUAAAUGAUAUAUAACUUUAUAUUACUAGA